AUGGAAGAGUUCGAAUGGCCACCUAGCACAAGUGCUCUCCAAACUAAUUUCACUUCUGAAGUAUGGACCGUUGGUCUGACUUGCGUUACAGUAAUUAGCUUAUGUGCUGCUGUUGGAAUUCUGUUCGUCAAGAAACUUAGCAAACGAACAUACAACCACUUUAUCACGGUUCUUGUAGCUGUCGGAGUUGGUUCACUUAUAACUUCAUCUACUUUGCAUUUGCUACCUCAGGGCUUAGGAGUCGUUGAUGGCGAAAAUUACGAUUUUAUCAUGGUUAUGAUGUUUUGUAUAUUUGGCAUAUACAUCUUUUUCUUCUGUGAUAAAUUUAUCAAAAUCACUCUUGAGUCAAAGAAGAUGAAUGAAAUUGAAAUGAUGAAUAAUGCUGGAACUCAUAAAAACAUGGAAGCAGGAGUUGUUUCGAUCCGUUCGACAGAUGCUUUAAUCACUGAAAAUGGUAUUUGUAUUCGUUGUUUUAUUGUGGUUAUCGAUCAGCCUCGUCUUCGUAAAGAGCUGGGUAAUCUCAAACCUGAUGCUUUGCCAUCAUCGGAACGAAUAAAUGGGUACAAAAAAAGGACAUCAUUGUGGAAACAAAGCGGCGAGAUUGACAGCAUGGUCCGUUCUAGUUUCGAUAUGUCAAGACAGACUCGUGAGGGCUCUUUCACAAGGAAAACAGAAACCGAAAUCCAUAAGCGCUAA